AUGGAGGCAAAAGGCAACAUCAGGAAGCGAGUUUGCAAAGCUUGCGACCGGUGUCGUCUGAAGAAGUCCAAGUGUGAUGGCGCCAGUCCAUGCAGCCGGUGCAAGACCGAUAAUGCCAUCUGCGUGUUCAGCGAGAGGGGGAAGUUGCAAGAUAAAGUAUAUCCUAAAGGAUACGUGGCAAUACUCGAAAAGCAACAAGAACAACUCGUAGCUGGCCUUCGGAAGGUGUACAGUCGACUACAGAACGGCGAGGGCUGGCCAGGUGGGCCAUUGCGCGAGGCACAGGGCGGUCACCCUCUGACUCAUGACAUCCUUGAACGACUCGACCUCCUACGUUCCAAAGUGGACAGUAACAGCAACUACAAAGGCUUUGAAGAGAGCUGCAAUCGCAUCCAACAGAAGCUGCUCGAAAGUGGCGCUCCCUAUAAGCGUAGGCGAGGGUCUGUGGGCUCCAUCUCUGACUUUGGCACGCCAUCUUCCUCAACAUACGGCGGAGCAUCAACGACGAAGUCUUUCCCCUUUACAGAUUCGUUCGCGCACAACAAUGUGCCGCCAACAACUCUACUGGACUGCUCCUUUUCCAGGCAGUCGCAGGUUAUGCCCUUGGUUAAACAAGAAGCGCCCAUGGUGUCGCCCACUUUCAUGGACGCUGGUGCGGUGGACCUCUCAGCACUUCAGCGAACAGCCUGGACAGGAGAUUCGACGGUGAUGGAUGAGCCACUAGACUUCUGCAGGCCUAUGUACAGUCUAGACAGUUUCAACAACUCCGACCAGACGGCGAUAAUGCUUAACCCGAUCGCCGUCAAUCCGGACCCUGUGCUGCCUGAUUGGAACAACGAUGGCGUCGAUUUCAGCAACAUCAUACACAACCAGGCGGUGGCAUAA